ACUGUUGCUCCACAGGUGAAAUACAAGGAGCCUUAUGUAACCAAAGUCUUGGGACGGUACAUAGGCACUUUUGAGGACCCCUAUCAAGUGCAUUGUAAGAAGAUUGAAGCUAUGAAGAGCGAUAAAAACUAUAAAGCGGACUACGAAGAUGACAAAGCUAAAUGUUAUUUCCCUCAAACUGUAACUCCAGAAUAUGAAGUCAUGAAGAAGCUGGAUGUGUGCAAGGAUUCUGCCUACAAAAAGCCUCCUGACCAGAUCAAGUUUACUUCAGUGUCGGAUUCUCCAGUUUUGCUACAAGCACAGAUUAAUACCAAGCAGCUGAGUGACAUGAACUACAAAGCCAAACAUGAGGCUGAAAAAUCCAGAUGUUCCAUACCUCCUGAUGCUCCAGUUUUCCUUCAGUCCAGAGUCAAUGCUUAUAACAUCAGUGAUAAUUGGUAUAAGUAUGAUUGGGAUCAAUCAAAAGCAAAGAAGUUUGAUAUCAAAAUGGAUGCUAUCCCGAUUCUGGCUGCGAAAGCAAAACAGAAAAUCACGAGUGAUGUUGAGUAUAAGAAAGGCUAUGAAAAGAGCAAAGGGAAGCUUAUUGGAGCCUUGAGUGUCCAGGAUGAUCCCAAGAUCUUACAUUCUCUGAAAGUGGGGAAACUGCAAAGUGACAGACUAUAUAAGGAACCAUAUGAAAAAGCAAAAGGAGUAAGCAUUAACUAUUGUGAGACUCCACAGUAUCAAGUGGACAGUGUUCUUAAGAACUUCAGUGGGGUGAAAUACAAGGAGCCUUAU